AUUCAUAGUGCUUUUUAGGGGUAAAGGAAAAUUAUCCUCCAUGUGGGGCGAAGUGAGGCAUGCUGCUUAAGGGCUUGGCUCUUCCCCUUAGCGCUAACGGGUUCUGAAACGAACACCUGGUUUCUCCAGCGUCAGUGGCGGAGGGCGGGUCAGUGCUCUUUUCGACCUGGAGUGGACUACAAUUCCCAAUACGCUUUUCCCCUGCUCAUAACCUCUCCUCCGUUCACCUGUCGCGGUGGUUGGCUGGAAUUGUAGUUCCUGAGAGGUACCCAUGCCGCCGCCUCAGCCAAUGAAAAGGGACAGAGUUUUGAAUGACUUGGAAUUAGGGAGGAGAACGAGUUGUCGCGAGGCUAUACCGAGCCCUUUUCGCAACCCUAGCAGGAGAGAAAUGAUGGAAGAAGGGAUCAUCAUGCCUAGGGUUCAUAACAUAAAAAAGUCUCUCACACCUCACAUUUCUUGUGUGACAAGUGAAUCAGAUAAACUGCUGGACUUCUUGCCUGACAGACUAAGAGCAAAGCUGCUUCCAUUCCAGAAAGAUGGCAUCAUUUUUGCCCUCAAAAGAAAUGGCAGGUGUAUGGUUGCUGAUGAAAUGGGUCUAGGAAAGACAAUCCAGGCAAUUGGAAUUGCUUACUUCUAUAAAGAGGAAUGGCCUCUGUUAAUAGUGGUCCCUUCGUCUCUGAGGUACCCUUGGACAGAAGAAAUUGAAAAAUGGAUCCCAGAGCUAAGUCCAGAAGAAAUCAAUGUUAUUCAGAAUAAAACUGAUGUUAGGAGAAUAUCGACCAGUAAAGUGACAGUUCUGGGUUAUGGUCUCUUAACCGCAGAUGCAGAGACUUUGAUAGAUGCACUGAAUAACCAGAACUUCAAAGUAGUUAUAGUGGAUGAAUCACACUACAUGAAAUCCAGAAAUGCAACUCGCAGCAGGAUUUUAUUGCCAGUAGUACAGAAAGCCAGACGAGCCAUUCUUCUUACAGGAACACCAGCUUUAGGAAGGCCUGAAGAGGUAUUACAAUCCUUAUACUCUGAACUUAAAAGAAGAGAAGGGAGGUAGGAGGGAUAUUGAAUUAACCACCUGUUUUGCAAUUUUUGAUUUCAAAUUAGAUGCCUCAAAUGCUAGAGGAGUACAUUGGGAAUUUCUAGAUAGUACGUAUGUUUUAUCAUGGCUAUUUUAAUCUAUUUACGUUUAAACUUUUGCCAGGUUUGUAGGUGUGUAUAAAAAACAGCUUUUAUCUUUAUGAUAAGGCUUCCAUACAUAGUACAACUGUAUAAUAUUCUUCACAAUGUGUUCCUGAGGUUCUUCUAUGGUCUUAAUCUUCAUUUAUCCUAUCUAUUUUACAUUAUAAGCUGCUUAGGAUUGGGAUUGAAUCUACCUUAUUUCUUUUACAUUGCAUUGCAGAACUUCUUUCUGUUCUUUCACUUUAAGAUUCACAUUUGGGAAAGUAAAGAGAAACUAAAGCUUAUGUGCAGACCAGAUAAGGUAUCUGCCUAGAAUGAAAGAAUAAGGCAUGCAUUUGAUAUCCCAUUUAGCUUUUGCUACUCUAAGAGAUGGGUAGUACAUGGAGUGGUUAAAGAGUUAGGAAGAAGACAUGAUGGAAGAAAUGCCUGUAAGUUUUAGUGUUCCUUAAGGAAAUUCUGUUUACUAAUGAACACUGAAUCAUGGAAAAACAUGGGCUGUCUUGUAGGGUUGCUGGGAGAAUUAAAGGUAAUACUGCUUUGAAAGUACCUCACCCUGUGCCUUGUCACAUAGUCACUCAACAUAUGGUAGCCAAUAUUAUGUUAAUUUUUGAGCCAAGCCUGGGUGACAGCUAUUAUCAUUGUCUGUCUAACAGUAUUACCUAAGCUCUACUUUCAAUUCUAUCCUGGAAAUCUUGUGAGAUACAUAUAAAAGUACAUAGAUAGUGAUGAUAAAAUGUUUAAUUUUACCUUUUACAGUUUUUUCUCUUGGAUACCCACUGACAGUGCUGUAGCUCCAAGUAAUUGACAUAUGUCCCCAGAUUAUGUCAUUGAAUAAUAGGGGUGAUUAUAUCCUUUAAAAAAAAUCAUGAAACGUAUCCUUCAAGAUACUCAGUCCUACUGAGUCCAGUGAGUAGGCUGGACUCAGUAACUCAUGCCUGUAAUCCCAGCACUUUGGGAAGCUGAGGCGAGUGGAUCACUUGA